UCUUGCCAGCAUGAACGAGAAAUUCUGCUAUUGUUUCCUCCUUCAUCACGACGAUAUAUUAACAUUCUUCUGAGAAUCGUUUCGUGCCGACUAAACUCAGGCUCGCGCAAAAUGCACAAUGAAUUUCUUCCACGUGAAAGUUUGUCAUAACCGCGAGCUAAGUUAUAUACUCUUCGAUGAUUAAAAUUAAUUGCCUGCCAACUUAAUACUCGCAAAGUGGUUGUAAAACAAGAGUGGUCUUCGCGAAUUCUGAAUGUUGUACCCAUCGUCUCAUCAGAUACGGUAAAUGGUAAGAUGGAGAACUGUGGAGGCGGCCAACGCCUGCCCCCGGACGGGGAUGAAUUUCCAGCAGCGUACCAAGAAUUCAACAACAGUAGCAAUCAGCCAUCGUACAGAUAUAUCGCUACGACAAGGACAACGACGAUAACUACGAAUGAUGCAGGAUUGUGUAAUGAAAACGAGUCAUUUCGUACUAACGAGACUGUUAAAAUGCUCACGAACGAUAGCAACGUUGUCAGUUCGAGAAGCAUUAUUCUACCCGAUAGUAAGAUAACGUUCCCAGACACUGAAAACGUGAGGCAGGAUAUAAACAAAGUUGCUUUGGCAAGUAUGGAGAGUGUCCGGUCUGAGGUGGGCAAGGCUACGUCGUCCAAUGUAGAUAAUAUAUGUCAAGAUGUGAAGUCCACCGAGAUUACUAACGAAGAAAAAAAAUCAUCUUAUCACACUUCGGAAGAUAUCGCGAAGAAAAACACUUCCAUCGUCGCGGGAAGUUCUCUUUACUCUUGUCAGACGACUACCAGCAAUUUAAUUAUGAGUGAGAAGAAGAUGGAGAUCGCUGGAUAUUAUCACAAGGCCGUGACGACGCUCGAAGAAGUGCCAAGCCACGUGGAAAAGGACGCGCCUAUUGAUACCCCACCGCCUCUUCCAUUGACAGGCCCGCCAAAAAUAGAGCAAGUGUUGCAUACGAGAAUUACUCCUACGAUAGAAUCUCCGCAAAGAAAGUUUUCUUUGAACGGUGAUCUCUGGAGACAAGACGACAAGUCUGAGCGAUCUGUUCGAGAUAAAAUCGCAAUGUUUUCAUCGCAAAGCAAUCUUGAUGCGCCUCUAUUUCCCAAUGCCAUAACAGCGGCAGCAGUCACGAGCAACAGCAAACGCCUCUCCAAGUACAAGUCCUCCGAAGACGUUUGUUGCGAUGACAAGAGCAACGGACAGAAAGAUCGACCGUCUUUCUUCGCCGACAGGACGCAGAGUUCUUUCGAUCUCACCGAUUCAGCCAAGACUAUGACUGGGCAUGACUCCGCGAAGAAAUAUAACCAGAGAACGCUUAGUUUGCCUCAGACUGUUCAACCUGCUCUGUUGAGUCCAAUUACGCAAACUACGCGGACUCCAAAGACGCUACCAAUUGUUCCACCGAAAUCAUUAUCUAACCCACUGUCAACUUUGUACGAUAAGCAGAAUUUCUUAAAUACGAGGACAAAAAAUUAUUGUGCAAAUACCACAGAAAGCAGCAAUUUGCAGAAUGUCACGUAUUUGAAUAUCGGUAAAACCGUAAAUUCUUGUAACAAUUCUAGCAACUCGAUCAAACCAACGAGCACAACAUCUUCAUUAACGCGAGCUACCAGUUUUUCCGGCCCGACACUCUUUGUGCAAGAUCGAAAUUCUUUGACAACCGAUUCCAUCAGUAACUCACAAAUUUCAAGAACGAAUUCCUUAGCGUCCACGUUUAGACGACCCGGCGAAGAUGUAAGGAGAAACAGCUUGAAUCAGCUGAUCGAGCAGAGACGAAGAUCAAUAUCGAAAUUACGUGGUCUGGUUAUACCAGAAAAAGACACUGUAUCAAUUGAUCAACCUAUCGUCGAUUUACCAGAAAUCAAAUCACGAGAUUCAAUAUUAUUGCAUCAGAUACCAAAGGCAAAUAUUCAAGACAAGUGGGGGUCUCAAAGUUCCUUAGCCAGCAACGCCAGCACAGCGAGCCAACCAUUGAAAGCGACAACGUCUUUCAAGAUGCCGGCGCCUCAGAUAUACUCCAAGUACUCCCCGGCUUUCAAAAGAAAGUCUCUCACGGUUUAUGGUACUUCAGUGACGACAAAUUCCACGAUAAACGGCAGCAGCCCGAUCAAAAGUUCUCAAUCAACAGCAAUGUCCACAUUUUCGGAGCCACCGAAAAGCCUGGAGAGUAUUUGCAGCCCUACAAGAAGCGAUUACAGCUUCGAGUUUGCCUCGACGACGAGCUCACCGGAUGGCUCGCGUACUAGGCCGAGGACAAUACAAAGGAAAGCUCGCUUAGAUUACGAUGAUUCCGACAAUGAUUCGGCCGUAAGCAGCUCUCAGAGCAGCAUAUCUCGCGGCUUCAGUCCGCCGAUGUCUCCGGUACCGUCGGAAAGAUCUACCAUUUCAUCAGAGAGAUCUUACGUCUCCGCGGAAUUAAACUGUCAAAGUCGGCCUUUGAUCGCAGAUAAUUUGAGCAGAAUUUCAGUCGCACGAGAUGGUAGAGAUCAAACUAUUGCAUCCGAUAAAGAUCAAUUCACCUCCAGGAUAGGUGUUCUUGGUGAACGAACAUAUCUAGCCGAAAGAUCAUCUUCCAGCAGCAGCGGGUCAAAUCCGCGCUCACCACAACCGAACGAAUUUCUUUCGAGAAGUUCACAAAUUCCUCAGAGACAAUUGAGACGAUCGAACAGCACCGAUACAAAUUGCAGCACAUCCUCGACGCUUACAUCUGGCUCUCAAGCCAGUGCCGAGUCUUUAUCCCGAAGAGUACUGAAGCCGCAAAGCGUGGAAGCGAUAAAUCGAAAAAAUAUUCUGGCGAGCGCCAGAUGCCGAAGCGGUAGGGAUUUGAAUGGAUCGCCGCUAAUCCAGCGAAAGUUCUCAGACGACGAAGAUGCUGUAAAAGAAACCAUCCAGAACGGUGAUGCUAUUCAUCAGAUAAGCAAUAACUCGGGGAGCGAUCCCGCGAGCAAACAAGAGAUCAAGAUUGCGUAUAUAGAAGUCGCGGAUCCCUUCGCGGAGGAUGAAGAAUCGUUACAGAAGAAGGAGGAGAAACCUAAAUUGCCACCUAAAAUGAGUUUCCCGCCGCCAGCUGUUAGACCACCCAAAUCUGAAAUGUUGGAGCCAUCAAACGAUCUUAAAAUGUGGGUUCGAGCGGAAGUAAAGACUUUGGCGCGAUCAAUGGAAGAAAAAUCAAGAUAUGACAAAAGUCCAAUUCUCCCAGCUCAAAAUUUGGAAACAAGAAAUAGUCGUGGCUCCAUAUUUAAUCAACCCGCUAUUAUUGCGUCUAACAACGAUUUAUCUUCAAAGAAUAAAACUACAAUAAGCGAUAUGAAGGUCACCACGAUGGAAAUGUCGAAAUCACAAAGUAAAGCGAAUUCAACUCCUAGAAAAAAUAUGGAAGACCAAAACGAUCUUUUGACGAUCUUAACAACAAAAAGUCGCUCUAGAUCAGCUAUACACGUUGAUGAAGGGACGUUUGGUAGAUCGAAGAGUCAGAUGAGCCUAGAAGAUAUACUUGGCGCUAAGCCAGAUUUGAAAUUAUCCCGUGCGCAAAAUAUAGAAUCAAAAAUUGAAAAGAAUGGUAUAAUACCAAGCUCGCCGGUAAAAUCUGCUUGGGAAAUUUCGAAAGAAAAUCGAUACGGGAGAAGAGGCUCUAUUACUUCGAACGAAUCCUUGUUGGAGGAUAGACCCUUUGUCUCGAAAAUACCCACCUUAGGAAGAACCAAAACUGUCGACAGCGGCGACGAAAUGAUAGAAAGUGUCGAAAGAAUAAAAAAUGUGACAGCGUCGAAGAUUCCGACAUCUCGUGGCUUAAAUCGACGCAGCGCCAGUGUCACGGAUAUGAAGAAAGCCUUGGAGAAGAUUGAUACCAGUCCUAUGCAUAGUCAAUCACAACAGAACGCCAGCAACACUCAUAAUCGAUUUCCAAGUCUAGACAGCAGCGUAGACGAGAAUAUUGGGACAGAAAUAGACACCGAUAGAUGUUACAGCGAGCAAUUUGGCAGUAUCAGUUCACUCGCCAGCAGUACCAGUCUAAUCUCGCAACAAGAACUGGCGCAGCUCGUCGAGGAGGCGAGUUUGGAAGAGGCACGUGGAGCGCACGAUGUUAUAGUCGUUUUGCUUCAUAAGGAGAACCCGACAGGCAGCGUUGGCAUUACUUUGGCUGGUGGCGCGGAUUGCGAAGUGAAGGAGAUCACGGUUCAUAGAGUACUGACGCACUCUAUCGCGGAUAAAGACGGCCGGGUGCAGAGAGGUGAUAGGAUCCUCAGCAUAAACGGUCGGAGCACGCGAGGUCUCACACACAGGGAGAGCAUGGCGGUACUGAAGCAGCCAAGAUCGGAGGUCGUAUUGGUCGUGUCGAGAGUCAGGAUGGAGGAAGCUGUAAGCUGUAAGCUGAGGUCGCGAACUGCGAGUGUCGAAACCAUCGUCGAAGGGUUAGAGACGAAUGGAAACGUGGAAGACACAGCGUGGGGACCACCGUCGACUGUGGCGGUUUACAAGGACGGAGCUGGUCUUGGAUUUAGCUUGGAAGGCGGCAGAGAUAGUCCCCUCGGAGAUAGACCUUUAAUUAUCAAGAAGAUAUUCACCGGAGGUGCUGCCGAGAAAACGGGUGCCUUAAAAGCCGGGGAUCAAUUGCUUGAAGUAAACGGUAACGAUGUAACACGAAUGUCGAGGAUAGAAGCGUGGUCUUUGAUGAAGAAGCUACACGACGGUGAAGUGAAUCUCCUAGUCAGGCAUCCUGCCACUAAAUCCUCGUGAAAAAUACGAAAUCCCGAUUGUAUGAUGCAAAUGAAACGUAGUAAUGUGCCAAGCAAACGUCUGAAUUAUUUUUCGAUCGAUAUUUGUUAUGUAGGUAUAAUGAUUAAUAAGGUAUGUUAUUAAUUUGUUUUGUUCAAGAGAUUUUAGAUACGAACCGAUGUUAUAUGCGCGAGAGGCUUUUUCCAUCGUGCUGAUAAAUUUAAAUAAUGUCGCUGUUUAGUCAGAUAAUCAGAAAUCUAAAUUCAUUUCAAUUUAUAAAAAGAGAUCUAAUCUAUUGAUAUUAUUUUUAAGAGCGUCUAAAUUAAUCGAUAACUAUCAUUCACAGCUCUAAUUGCAUUGUCAUUUAUUAUAAAUUCAAUAGCUAACAAAAACGUGCUAACAAAAAAGUUAAGAGAAAAUAGCAAAUCUGUGAUUUGCUAAUUUAUUUUUCGAUCAAACGCCUUAUAAAUGAAACGUGCAUCUUAUGCAUAAAAAUAGUUCUAAAAUAGUAUUUUCUACAAAUAUAUGAAAGAAUAUGUGCGAAUUAACGGUACAACAUAGUCAAUCUUAAUAGUUUCAUCACAAUAAAAUCAGUACGCAAAAAGAGACUUAAGAUUGCAAGUUUCCAAUCUGAAUCGACAAUGCAAAAUGCAAUAUCAUAUCUAAUAUGCAAUGAUUAGAUGUGGAAUAAUAUUUUUAUUUCGUAAAUUUCAUCAAAAAACAGCGAUAUAGCAUCUUAAUAUAGUGUAUGUUUUGACAACGAAAUAUAUAUAUGGAAAUUUCAAUAUAUGCCAUAUGUAAGCGAACUGUAAUGUUACUGAAAUGAAGUAGGUAGGCAUGUCAAUUAAUCAUUUAAUUAAGCGAUACGUUGUUAACACGAAUCGCUCAUACAUUAUAAUUCCAUAGUGCCGGCCGUGCAGUAAUAGUUCGAAUUAAGAAUUUGCAACAAGCAAAAUAGCUGAGUAGCUAGAGUAGAUAGUUAUAAUAUGAGCCUGAUUGUAGAUUGCCUAUUUCUAAUCGAUUUUAGCCACCCCGUCGCCUUAUUAUAGUGGUUCCUGUUACAUUAGGAUACAAAUGAUAGAAUAUUUUCAUACGAUACGGUGAUCAAAAUGAUGCGCCGUUAUAGCAAUAAGAGAGAAAAUGACGCGAGAGAUCAGUUUUCUAUGUGACUCCGAUUAAACGUUAAUUAAUUUAAUUGGCGAUUAACUCAACUGACGGAAUUGCUUAUGGCAACAUUUCUAACAAUAUAUAUAAAUCAUUAUCCCUAAUCGAAUUUUUCAUGUAUUAAAUAACAAAAAAUCAACUAUUUUAUUAUACACGUCAUUAGCAAGAUAGUACAGUUAUUGCUUGAUAAGUUAAUCGCUGAUUAUAUCAAUUAGUCGAAGUUGCUCAUAGUACAAUAAAACCACGGAACAGAUUUAUGUUAAAGUAAUCCUCAAAUAAG